GAAGAAGAAGAAGAAGAAGAAGAAGAAGGCCUCGAUGCCGCCGAAAGAGAAAGAUUAUAAUCUUUAAUCGUUCUUAAGAGUGAUUUAUAAUCGAGUGUAAGAGCCUGUAAUAAUAUCUAUAAUGUCUCGGUACAUGAGACCGCCGAACAGCUCUCUGUUCGUUCGAAAUAUUUCCGACGAGUCCCGGCCAGAGGACCUGCACCGAGAGUUCGGCCGAUACGGGCCCAUUGCCGACGUCUACAUUCCCCUAGACUUCUAUUCUCGCCGGCCCAGAGGAUUUGCGUACAUUCAGUUUGAGGACGUCCGGGACGCAGAGGACGCCCUGCACAAUCUGGACAGGAAGUGGGUGUGUGGACGGCAGAUCGAGAUCCAGUUCGCUCAGGGCGACCGCAAGACGCCGGGGCAGAUGAAGUCCAAGGAGCGGCAGUCGCCCCGCAGUCACUCACGAUACGAGGAGUACGAGCGGCGCAGACGCUCUCGCAGCCGCAGCAGACGCAGGUCGCGCAGACGAUCCCCGAGCCCUCGAGACAGAUCCAGAGGAAGCAGACGCAGCCGCAGCCGAGAACACGACCGGCACCGGGCGUCUGGGCGUGAUCCCCCCCGCUCCCGGAGCCCCUCCCACUCGAGGAGCAGGGGCGGAGCUCGAACCCGCUCCAGGUCCAGAUCCCCCAGCGAGCUGCACACAGAGACCCAGGACACUGCUGCAGAAGAGAAGACACAUGAGCGCUCCCCGUCACGCUCCAGGUCCCGCUCGCGCUCUUGGGCCGGACACAAGUCCUGGGGGCAUUAGAUCCACACAUCAGGCUCAGGGACGACUGGCUGGGAUUGUUUGGGUUUUGUGGGUUGGGUGCAGAAGGUCAUGAACCUGCUCAUUUCUUUUAAUAAGGAGAGGGAAUCGAACUAAAGCGUGUUUCUGUUUCUGUUAAAGUGUUAGCAUUGAAGACAUCUGUGUGGUUUAGUUUACAAGCUGUGCAAGAGCGAGAGAUGUAAAUCACGUCAAUAUAUUUGUAAGAUAUUUUUAAGUUGACCAGUAAUGGCCCUCCAUUUGAAACGGUCUUCCAUGUGUGUCUCGAACGUGUUUUUUUGUGAAGUCUGCAGGCCUUUUACAUGUAACCUCAGAAUGAAAUAAAUUUCCUGUGCAUCA